CCCGCCCUGAUCGCUUCUGCACAUUGUGCCCAGCCUUCUCUUUUCAUGUUUACCAGAAGCAAGCAAUACAGGCGUACCAAGUCGUGGACAUGAGCAGACCCACAGAGCCAGGCGCCGAUUUACCAACCGAACUGCCUUUCAUCGUCUCUUUCGAUACAACAAAAGUCGACCAUGCAACCCGAAAACUCAUUCGAAGCCAUGUCAUGCGUGGAAGGAAUGCAAAGCGUGCCAAAGGAAAAUCGUCCUCGACUCUGGGUCUUGCCCAGAACCCUGCAAAUCGCCUUAGGAGGUCGCAAGUCGAGCUGAACGACUUACAGAAGCUAUAUACAGCUCCAUCGCCAGAACGCAUUGAUGCACGCUUAUAUUUUAUUGGCUUUCCUGACGAUGUAGACCCUCGGCUCUUUCGCGACAUGGACCAGGGUCAGUAUCGCUCUGCUAUUGAUUUCAAUUUCACUGAUUCAGCCAAAGUAUCGGGUGUGGCUCUCCAGAUCCUCUUCCCUCUGCUGGCCGAAGUCGGAUUCGAGCAUGACAAACUCCCGUGGCUGCAUCCAAGCGCGCGAGAUCCCGUCGCACUCUACAUUGGCGCCUUUGCAACACAGAGCUUCAUUGACAGAGUCUUACGCCAACAGCCAGAGAGCAAUGUCAACCAAGUCUCGAUGCUGCAUCUUCAGAAGGGUCUCGAGCUUCUCCGCGAGAGACUACGCGGAACUGAUAGUGAGGCAAAGAUAUCGGAUGCAACGAUCGGCGCAGUCCUAGACCUCGCCACUGCUGCAUUGUUCCACGGCGACGCUGAUACAGCCAAGCAGCAUAUUCGGGGGUUGGGAAAGAUGAUAGAAUUGAGGGGUGGGCUACUAGCCUUGGAAAUGAACCCGGGAUUUCUCAUGGAGAUUUUGAGGUGCGACUUGAGUAUUGCACUAGUCACAGGUACCGAUCCCGUCUUUUGCUGCGGAGCUGGGGAGACGACGCACAGGUUCCCAAACCAGAUGAUGUCAAGUUUCGACGUAAUCCCCAAUCCCGAAUUUCUCUACGUCUUGAGCCCAGACCUAGCCGAGGUAUGGCUCGCCGUGAGGAAAUUCUGCCUCCUGGUCAGCCUAGCAGCGCAGACACGAAGUCAAUUCCAUCCUUCUACCAUAUACAGAGCCAUGACAUCGGCCAUGUACCGUCUGCUCCACAUGAGCUUCGUCAUGGGCUCUUGGGACGAGACCGUGCGGCUAGGUCUCCUCGUGUACACGCAUCAUGUCUUUUUGCAAGGCCAACGGGUCAAGUUGCCGUGGAAUCCCUUAUCUCAAGCAUACCGGACCCACCUCCAAGUCUGCGAAGUCAGACCUGCGGCCCAAAGGCCUCCCUCGCAGGUCGCUUUAUGGUUGCUGAUGGUGGGUGCUAUUUCGAUAUUCAAUGUCUCUGAGGAAGACUGGCUGGGCGAGGGGCUGAAGAGAUGGACUAAGAAGUGCCAUGUGGGAUCGUGGAAGGACUUGCAGGGGGUGCUGAAGUCGUGUAUGUGGAUACCUGUUUUGGAUGAUCGGAUUGGGCAGCAGACGUAUAACCAUCAUAUCGUCCAACGAGUAGUCGUAUGAUUUCACAUCUAUCGACCAAGACCUCACCCAUUGAGUUUGCUCAAUCUCACCCUUGCCGUUUCCGCCACGGCGGGAGGUGCCAAGAAAGUUGAUUUGACCCUUGUGCUGUCAGAACAUUUCCAAGGGAGCUU